AUGGCAGCGGCAAGCGGCCCGGCACAAGAGGAAUACAUCUGGAACGAUGACACGCCGUCCGGGUUCCUCAAGCUCUCUGCUGAAAUUCGAAACAAGGUCUACUACCUGACGCUGGUGACGGGCUCUGUGACAGUCAAAGAUGUGCAUCCUGAAGAAUGGCAGGCCGACAAGGAAGCCGGCCAUGCUACUCGUUCCUCCUACAAGACCAAAGACCACGACGGUGACAUGUGCUCCCAUGCGAACGACUACCCCCAGUCAAAGCGCUGCACCUUCAAGGGCGAGCAGUGGAAGAACGCUAAGGUCUCGUACACUCUACGGAGAGAGUCCUACCUGACGCCACCUACCAUUGCCAUGCUGGCACUCAAUCACCAAAUUCGAGCGGAAGCCAUCCCAGUCUUCUACGGGGGGAAUGAAAUCCGCUUCAACAGUAUGAGUGCAGUUCUUCCAUUCGUACGAGAUCGAUCCGAGCUUUCUCUGCAGUCAAUGCAAUAUUUCCAUCUCGACAUCGGAAUCACUGCCUACAAAUGCCAGGCAAGCCGACAAGAGGGCUGGGCUCGAAUCUUCGCAGAACUUCCCAGAUUGGGGCCCCUUAACCUCCAGAAGCUCACUAUGCGCAUCUACGACCCCGAAUGCCGCUACGCCUGGAAGCUCAAGCUUGAUACCAAGAUGCAACGCUGGGUGCACGAAAUGGCCAAGAGCAUCACAAACUUGGACAUGCUCGGGGUGACGUUCGACUUCAGCGUCCUGGGAGAGCUGACAUCCGACGAAAUGGUGAAGGAGUAUAGUCCGACCCAGGAGUUGCUGUGGGAAUUUCUGGCCCCAAAGAUGCUGAAGAAAGUUGGGGAUGAGCCCCAUGACGCGCACUCGCUACUGAAGCGUCGUAUCCGUGAUGACUUGCAUGAGGAUUCUUAUGAGGAUGAGGUCGGUUUUUAA